AUGAGCUCGUUUAAGCGUGACAAGAAAGAAGAGGAAGAUACAGGCGGAAACCCAUAUCAGAACCUGGACAAGACGAUCAUUUUACAAGAGGCGCGAUACUUCAACGAAACGCCUGUAAAUCCAAGAAAAUGUUCGCAUAUUCUAUCAAAGAUCUUGUAUCUAUUGAAUCAAGGCGAGAAGUUGACCACACAAGAGGCUACGGAUGCAUUUUUCGCUACGACGAAACUCUUCCAGUCGAAAGAUGUGAUGCUACGUCGUAUGGUGUACCUCUGUAUUAAGGAGUUGAGUAAGUUGGCUCAGGAUGUUAUCAUCGUUACUUCGUCUUUGACGAAGGACAUGACUGGAAAAGAGGAUUUAUAUAGAGCUGCUGCUAUCCGCGCCUUGUGUAGUAUCACAGACAGCACUAUGUUGCAAGCAAUUGAAAGAUACAUGAAACAAGCGAUUGUUGACAAGAAUCCGGCAGUAAGUUCAGCAGCGUUAGUUUCUGCUCUACAUUUGUCCUCUACUGCCCCAGAUCUUGUGAAGCGAUGGGCUAAUGAAGCACAGGAGGGCAUUAACUCUGACAAUGCAAUGGUAUCCUACCAUGCCCUAGGUCUCGUAGCCGCUACAAGACGCAAUGACAAGUUAUCAACAGUGAAACUAGUAACACGCUUAGCAAAGUCCCCAAUUAAAUCCCCAUAUGCCCUAUGCCUCCUUAUAAGAUUAGCUGCUCAACUUGUAGAAGAAGACGAUUCAGAUGCUUCACAACCGUACAUUGAGUUCAUUGAGUGUUGUCUUCGCCAUAAAUCUGAGAUGGUCAUCUAUGAGGCUGCACAUGCUAUUGUUAACCUUCGGAAGUGCGCCAGGGACUUAGCACCGGCCGUCUCUGUGCUGCAAUUAUUCUGUGGAUCCUCAAAAGCAUCAUUACGUUUAGCUGGAGCGAGGACUCUCGCUAGACUAACAGCUAAACACCCCGCAGCAGUCGCUGCUUGUGCUGUUGAUCUGGAAAAUCUUAUUUCUGAUCCAAAUAGAUCUGUAGCAACAUUGGCUGUUACCACCCUACUAGCGACAGGCGCUGAGAGCUCUAUUGAUAGGCUGAUGAAGCAAAUAUCAUCUUUUGUCUCAGAGAUUUCUGAUGAGUUCAAAAUAGUUGUUGUCAAGGCCAUCCGUCGUUUGUGCACAAAGUUCCCGCGGAAGCAUCAAUCGUUAGCAGCAUUUUUAGCCGGCAUGCUGAGGGAUGAAGGAGGGUUGGAAUACAAGGCAGCGAUUGCUGAUGCAAUUAUUGCACUCGUAGAAGAAAAUCCAGAUGCCAAAGAAACUGGGCUGGCGCACCUUUGCGAAUUUAUUGAAGAUUGUGAACACACGACUCUGGCCGUUCGCAUUUUACAUUUGUUAGGGCGGGAAGGCCCAAAAUCCCGCCAACCAUCGCGUUACAUACGCUUCAUCUAUAAUAGAGUGAUACUCGAGUCGGGACCUGUUCGAGCUGCAGCUGUUUCUGCAGUAGCUCAGUUUGGCGCCCAGAGGCCAGAAUUAUUACCUAAUAUAAAGGUUCUUCUGUCGAGAUGCGAACUAGACGACGAAGAUGAAGUUCGAGACAGAGCGAUACUCUACAACGCUAUCUUGGAAACCGGAGACCCACAACUGAUCAAUGACUAUAUUAUAAACAUACAAAAGCCAAACCCAGUGUUGUUGGAACGCGCUCUCCGCGACCACAAUGAGGCGCAACCGGAAGCACGGUUCGACAUCAUGGCAAUACCGACAGAGGAAGAGAAACAGGCAAAGGAGGACAUAGUGGAAGUCGAAGUCCGGAAACCAGUUCAAGCUUCAAUCGAAGAGAUCUAUUCAGAACAAUUGGCUAAAAUCCCUGGAAUUGAAAAACUCGGUCCGCUCUUCAAGACCGUACCACAUAUUGAUCUAACUGAACCAGAAACUGAAUACAGAGUCCGUCUCCUGAAACAUAUUUACGCCCGCCACUUAGUGUUACAAUUCGAAUGCAUCAAUACGUUGAACGACCAGAUCUUAGAACAGGUCCACGUGAGAUUGGAGCCACCGCAAGACUUUGAAAUCAGAACGAUCGUGCCCUGCCAGAAACUUGUAUACGAUAAGCCAGACAGUGUCUUCAUUGUCUUGGAAUACCCCUCUGCGUACUACGACAGUUUGGGCACAUUUGGAGCGACUUUGGAGUUUGUUGUCCACGACUGCGAUCCGAACACAGGUGUUCCUGACUCCGGGGAGGGUUAUGCUGAUUCCUAUCCUCUAGAAGAGUUCGAAAUGGGCUGUGCCGACCAGCUAAGAGCUAAAGCCGGUCUAGAUGAUUGGGAACAGGCUUGGGACAGAGCUGAGCGCGCACCAGAAGCGACAGACACCUUUGUUCUACCGCAGAACGAUAUUAACGAGGCAGCCAAAGCGGUAUGUGAGCAUCUAGGGUUACCUAAAGCCGCGAUAUCAGGUGAUGCGGUGAAGGAAAUCAGAGGUGGAGGAAUAUUCCGUGGUGGCGCCCCUGUGCUAGUCCGAGCGAGGAUCGCAUCUAGUAGUGCGGGUGUUACCAUGAAGUUAGCAGCCAGGUCACCGAGAGAAGACCUCGCGCAGUUGUUAUUAGCUGCUGUUGGAUAA